AUGAACAGGGCCCAUAAGUCGUGUGGAAAUGGCACCACUCAUAAGAUACGUGAGCAGCUCAAUUUCAAGGAUAACAAGAAGUGGAAACAGUUUUCUAGCAGGAGACUGGAGUUAAUUGACAAAUUUGGACUUAGCGAGCGAAAAGCGAGCGAACAAGAUGAGAAUAUUAGACAACUUGCAACCAUCCUUCGAACCGAAUUUCGUUAUCCAGCCAGCACAGCAGGUGAGUUCGAAAAACUAGUUACUGCGGCUGUGCAGUCAGUGCGCCGGAACCGGAAGCGUUGUACCAAAAAUAGGACUGGAGGUCUUUUGAAGCGUAGUGGGACCACGACAUCAAGUUGUGCUGGAAGUAGUGGAUCCGAGAAUGAGGACAAUAGUAUAUCGCAAGUACAUUCUCCCGUUAACCCCCCAGGCCCGCCAUCUACUCCAGCUCCGAGUGCAGGCGCUUUCUUCCAAACUUCGCAUCCAACAAAACUACCCGUAUUACAGCCUGAACCUGUACGUGUUGUAGUUAACCGGCAAUUAAAGUCUGAGCUAUCUACAGCCCCAAGCUCCAGCGGCAACAUAACUAACAAAUUAGUUAACUAUGACGCCUUAGUAAAGGAUGUGAUUUCGGAUCUCGUGCAUAACCCAAUCCCACCUAAUCAACAAUCUAGAACUGAUGACUCUACGAAUUUGGCAGACCUAGCCAUGUUUUCACAGCAAAAUACCUUAAUUUCACUUGCAUUAGCAUCUUCCUCGAAGAAUGCGCCAGAACAGAGCAAUUCGUCUCAAAAACACUUACUUCCACCACCAAGACAGACCUUACCACCACCAACACGGCCAGAAUUGUCACAACCACAAGAUAUUAUCCCUUUCUUCUUGAGGGAGAAAAUUUUAGGCCAUAUUCAGAGGUCUAAAACUUGCCUAGAACUCACAAACAGUCAGCAACCGUUUGCCAAUUACACUAACCUACGAAUGCUAGGUGACUCGUGUAUUAAGGCUGCUGUUUCAUUCAUUAUGGAAAGGUUCUUCUUUAACCUAUUGGUUUCGUCUACUGAAUAUAUCACCGCUAAGAUGACCUCUAAUGAUGAAUUGGCUCAUAUCUGUACUAUGCUCAUUGGUCCAGCUACGAAAAGCAAACUAAAAGGGUUAUAUGUUGAAAGUAAAGUCAUUUUAAUCCAAAUUUUGGUGGGCUCCAUAGUAAAAGAUUUCGGAUUUGAACCAUGUCUUUACCCAUUGGGAGAGAUAUUCCACGAUGUGAUCCUAAGACAGUACCCUCUAGUUUGUAGCAGUUCGCCAUCAUGCGCAAAAUCAGCCAUUCUCAACACUGUUUCCAUGAAACCGGAUGUUGCAAACAAGGAAAUGAACAGAAAGGUCGUCCUCAAGUUCCAGUCUAGGGAGCAGAGAUUCACAUUCCCACUGUUAUCUAAUGGUCCUCCUACAAUUGCUGAAGUAUUAGAAAACUCGCGGCAGCUAUUCCAGGUUCCUGCAACAAGCAGAAACCUUGCACUAUUCAACCAAGAUAGGAUUAUCACCAGUGAUGCGGACCUGGCUAUAAUCUUAAACCAAUUUACCAAUGCUGAAACAGUUAUCGAAAUAAAGGAAGUUUCUUAUAAUAAGACUGUGAAUGCCAAUCCAAAGGAGGAUAACAACUUUAAUGGGCUCACAAUAUUGAGCAGUGUUUCCACUAACGCUGUACGGAGCAUUUCCGGCCCCACCCCUUCGCUGACUCCUGCAUCUUCGUCGGCUUCUCCAUCAUCCACAUCGCUAUCAAAUAAUUAUACGCAUAAUAAUAUGGCUAGCGUUGCUGCUUUAGAUAAUAUCAUCAGCAGGAUUAAUUCCCCUGUUGCUGUGAAAAAGCAAUCGUCAUGUGGAGAGAUCAAGAUGCCUCCCAUAAUUCGUGCAAGAUCACCACAGCCCUCUGGUGGUCAGGUCAAAAAUUGUUUCGAAAAAGGCUUACCGCAGCCUGUUUUCCAACCAUUAUUAUAA